GACGUCGUUUCCUUUUGCGCAUAAACCUUUCCCUCGUCACACACACUACAAUGACAGUGGCAGUACGAGCAAAACCCCCAAACCACAAAGCUUAGCAGCGGUAGCUACAAAGCUCGAAGCUUCUCCAAUGGCGUCCUAUAAGGUUGUCUCUAGGUUAUCGUCCCGAUUACAACCCUUCACAUGCAAUCUCAACAAGACGUCUCUUGCAUCAGAACUCUCUCAGCUCAAAUCGACCCUUCACUCUCAGACCUCCGCUCCUGCUCGACGCAUUUCUCGCCUUUCCAGGUUACCGUCGGAGUUGGGCAGCGUGGGCUCAAUGAUGCCAUUACACAGCGCGGUGGCUUCGGCACGGUUGAUAUCGAGCUUGUCCAUCGAGUCUCAAAGCUGGGGUUUAGUUCCUCAAGGGAUUUCAAUGCCUUUAUGACAGCCUCUCUCCAUAUGAAGGUGUCUCGCAUAGAUUCUGUUUGAUGGCAAUGUAGGUCUCAAGUUGAUAAUUAUCUUUUAUGAUGACUUAAGUGGCAUAAGAUGUUCAACAGUUUACCGGGUGCCUGUGCCUGUUUGUUUUCAUCCCUUUGUUUGAAUGCCUUUUUUCAAGGAGGCUGGAUGCUUUUGUGUUACCAUGAUUGGGUAUUAUUUGCGAGAGGUGCCCAA